AUGGAUUCACCAAGCUCUUUUGGACGCUUCGUCGUCGCCUCGCUCUUUUACCUCGCUCCUGCUCUGGUCGGUGCCCAGGACACCGCCAGCAAGGGCGCUGCUCUUCAAGAAUGCCUCAACACGGCUGGUGUUCAUAACAUCGUAAGCACCGACCCAAGCUGGGCCAACGAGACAACUGGUUUCCAGAAGCGCAUCAAGGUCGAUCCCGCAGCCAUCUCCUUCCCCGAGGACAAGGACCAAGUGGCCCUCUCCCUCGACUGCGCCCGAAAUGCGUCCGCCAAGGCCACCGCCCUCGGAGCUCACCACUCCUUCCAGGCCUACGGCUUUGGUGACCCAGGCAGCCUGGUCAUCAGCAUGGCUGCUUUCAACUCGGUCUCCUACGACGAGUCCACCCAGCGUGUCACCUACGGUGGUGGCUCCCACGUUGGACCAGUCCUCAAGUAUCUCUGGGACACUGCCGGCCGUCACUUCCCCCAUGUCCGCGGUGCUCACGUUGGUCUCGCCGGCUCCAGCAUCGGGGGUGGUUUUGGCUCCAGCUCCCGCCACCUCGGCACGCCCAUGGACAACCUCGAGUCCAUUGAGUAUAUGUUGUACAACGGCACCAUUGUCACCGCCUCCAAGGGCUCCGACCUCUUCUGGGCCGCCCAGGGUGCCGGUGCCUCGUAUGGUAUCAUCCUCUCCGUCACCACCAACACUCAUAAGCCGCUCUUCGACACCGCCGUCAACUUCACCGUCUCCAUCGGCAGCGUCGAUGUCGAUGCUGCCGCCAAGGCCCUCAUCGCCGUCCAGGACUACUCCCUCAGCGAGGACUGCCCCGAUGAGCUCGCCCUUCGCUGGUCUCUGAGUGCUCCCCCUUACACUGGCGCCGGGUAUUUCUACGGCAACCCCGCCGACUUCGACACGGUCAUCGCUCCUCUCGUCUCCACCCUCGAGGAGAUCGCCCCCGGCACCACUGUCGUCAACAAGACCGAGCUCCCCUUCUGGGACAUGGAGGUCGCCGUCGCCGGAGCGGGCAUGAACCAGCCCGAGGGCGGCAGUCUCGGAGGCCGCUCGUUCUACACCCAGGCCCUGACCACUACCACCGACCACCCCCUCACCGUCGAGCAGGCCAGGAUCCUCUUCGAGAGCACCACCCUGGCCUUCAACCGCACCGAUCUCAGGAAAUCCGGCUUCCUCGACCUCUGGGGCGGCGUCUCCCGCGACAUCUCCGACGCCGACACCGCCUACGCCCACGGCAAGAACCUCUGGCUCAUCCGCUGGGAGGCCAACUCGGUCGACGUCUCCAGCUACCCAGCCGACGGAACCACGUACAUGAAGGGCCUCAUCCAGCCGUUCGAGGAGGCCCUCGUCGCUGGCGGCGCCCCCCUGCGCGGCUUUGUGAACUACGCUGACACCGAGCUCACCGAGGCUGAGUGGAGCGCUCGUCUCUACGGCGCCAACUUUGACCGACUCAAGGAGAUCAAGGCUGCCGUUGACCCCGAGGGGCUCUUCAUAAACCACAAGCAGGCCAUCCCGCUGCCUUGA